AAGAUUACAAAACAUAAAAGGACGUACGUUUAAGUGUUUAACAUCUUCUUUAUUCAAACUCGUGUUAAUCAUCAUUUUAUUUGCUCGAUCUUCUCAUCGAAGAAGUCAGCAUGGCGGAGAAACCAUUGGAGCUGUUUUUGAAGAUCGGUUUAGAUAAAAAAACGGCUGAAAACACAAUUGCUAAUAAUAAAGUUACUACUAAUCUUAUCGCUGUCAUUAAUGAGGCGUCUGUCACUGAUGGAUGUGAACGGUCUACGGGUAAUCUUCUUUAUACGGUUGCUACAAAGUUCCCUGCCAAUGCCCUUGUGCAUCGUCCUAAGUUGCUUGAAUACAUUGUUUCUUCCAAGAUAAAGACUCCUACCCAGGUAGAAGCUGCAUUCGCAUUUCUUACUGUCACUGCUUCUGGGGAGCUUGACAUCAGUAAAUUUGAAGAUGCUUGUGGAGUUGGUGUUGAGGUCUCUCGUGAAGAGAUAGUGCACACUGUUAAUGAAAUCUUUGAAGAGAAAGAGAGUUCAAUCUUGGAGCAACGUUACAGAACAAAUGUUGGUGAUCUAUUUGCUCAUGUGCGAAAGAAGCAGCCUUGGGCAGAUCCAAAGAUUGUCAAGGAACUUAUAGAUUCAAAGCUAUCUGCACUACUUGGUCCAAAGACUGCAGCAGAUAAUGAGAAGCCUGUUAAAAAGAAGAAAGAGAAGCCUGUUAAAGUAGAGGAAAAAACCACUGAAGAAGCUCCUCAACCAUCUGAAGAAGAGCUCAAUCCUUAUUUAAUAUUCCCUGCACCCGAGGAGAAUUAUAAGGUGCACACAGAAGUAUUUUUCAGUGAUGGACGUGUGCUCAGAGCUUGCAAUUCCAAAGCAAUACUAGAGAAACAUCUCAACAUUACAGGAGGAAAAGUUGUUACCCGUUUUCCACCAGAACCAAAUGGAUACCUGCAUAUCGGUCAUGCUAAGGCUAUGUUUGUUGACUUUGGUCUUGCAAAAGAAAGAGAUGGUGGCUGCUACUUGAGGUUUGAUGAUACUAACCCUGAAGCUGAGAAAAAGGAAUAUAUUGAUCAUAUUGAAGAAAUUGUAGAUUGGAUGGGAUGGAAGCCUUUUAAGAUCACAUACACCAGUGAUUAUUUUCAAGAACUGUAUGAUUUAGCAGUGGAGCUCAUACGCAGGGGUCAUGCUUAUGUUGAUCACCAGACUGGUGAUGAGAUAAAGGAGUACAGAGAGAAAAAGAAGAACAGUCCAUGGAGGGAUAGGCCGAUCUCAGAAUCACUUAAACUUUUUGAUGAUAUGAAACAAGGGAGGAUUGAAGAAGGAAAAGCUACACUUAGAAUGAAACAAGACAUGCAGAGUGAUAACUUUAAUAUGUAUGACCUCAUUGCAUAUCGGAUAAAGUUCACCCCUCAUCCACAUGCUGGAGACAAGUGGUGCAUCUACCCAAGUUAUGACUAUGCACAUUGCAUUGUGGAUUCUCUUGAAAAUAUAACACAUUCAUUAUGCACACUGGAGUUUGAGACACGGCGUGCUUCUUACUAUUGGUUGCUGGAUGCGCUGAGCCUUUACCAGCCCUAUGUGUGGGAAUAUUCACGCCUGAAUAUAACAAACACUGUCAUGUCAAAACGCAAGUUAAACCGCCUCGUGACUGAAAAUUAUGUGGAUGGGUGGGAUGAUCCUCGUUUGAUGACACUUUCGGGAUUGCGCCGCAGGGGUGUCACUUCUACUGCAAUAAACACAUUUGUUAAAGGAAUAGGGAUUACUAGAAGUGAUGGUAGUUUGAUACGUUUGGAACGCCUUGAAUAUCAUGUUCGCGAAGAAUUAAAUAAAACAGCUUCUCGGACGAUGGUUGUGCUACAUCCACUAAAGGUUGUUAUUACUAAUCUUGAACCUAGCUCAGUAAUAGAUCUUGAUGCAAAGAAAUGGCCGGAUGCUCCAGCCGAUGAUGCAUCAUCUUACUACAAGGUCCCAUUUUCGAGGAUUGUCUAUAUUGAGCAAUCUGACUUUCGAAUGAAUGAUUCAAAAGACUAUUACGGGCUUGCUCCAGGAAAGACUGUCUUACUCAGAUAUGCAUUUCCUAUCAAGUGUACUGAAGUGGUGCUUUCUGAUGAUAAAAAUACUGUUGUUGAGAUACAUGCUGAGUAUGAUCCUUUCAAGAAAACAAAACCAAAGGGUGUUCUUCAUUGGAUAGCAGAGCCGUCUCCUGGGGUUGACCCUCUGAAGGUGGAAGUCAGACUUUUUGACAAGCUGUUUCUUUCCGAGAAUCCCGGAGAACUUGAUAACUGGCUUGAUGAUUUAAACCCCGAGUCUAAAGUGGUAAUGCCAUGUGCUUACGCCGUACCAUCUCUCAAACACACAGAGGUGGAUGACAAGUUUCAGUUCGAAAGGCUCGGCUAUUUUGUGGCUGAUAAAGACUCAACACCCGAGAAACUCAUAUUUAACCGAACUGUAACAUUGAGGGACAGUUACGGCAAAUCCUGGAAGUAGGCAAGUUCAUUCCAGCAGAAUGAAUUGUUUGUGUUUACUUGUGAAUUGUGAUAUUUAUAGUUUCGAUCUGAAAAAAAUAUAACAAAAAAAAACCAAAAAAGCUUAUAAUUUUAAUUUAAACAUUUAGGAUUCAAACUUUUGUACGUCACAUAGAUUUAUAAAUUGUGAUGUGAAUUUUUAAAA